AUGAACACGACGAUGACGUCACACACAAGUCCGGAGGCUGGAGUUGGUGACUUUGUGGAGGUUGGUUUUGAGCCGCUGGAUAACCAGAGAGCAGUGGCGCUUGUGACACAUCCAAGUGCAGGCGCCAUUUCGACAUUCGUCGGUACCACGCGAGACAAUUUCCAAGGUAAGAAGGUAGUUCGACUCGAGUAUGAGGGAUACACGCCGAUGGCGGUCUCCGAGCUGCGCAAGAUUUGUGUCAUUAUUCGUGAGAAAUGGCCGGAUGUUGUAGGAGUAGCAUUGUUUCAUCGCCUCGGAGUGGUCGAAGUGGCAGAAGCCAGUGUCAUCGUGGUCGUUAGCUCGCCGCAUCGACGGGAGGCGCUGGAAGCUUGCGCCUUUGCCAUUGACACACUGAAAGCCACGGUCCCUAUCUGGAAAUGCGAGCAAUACGAAGGUGACACGAGGAUGUGGAAGGAGAACGUCGAGUGGAAAGAUGGAGCUGCAGCGAGGUCUUCCUGCUGCGGUAACAAACGAGUCAUGGUGCCCAUGGAACAUAAGUAAAGCAAGCAAGCAACACA